AAUUGGCUGAACCACUUGACUGCUGCAUAUUUAAGCGUUGCGCGGAGCAGCAGAUUUGUCCAUUGCCUGGCAACUGCAAACGGUGCACAUUGUGUUGACGUGGAACAGUGAAAAUGAACUCCUUACUGAUCCUUUGUUUGGCUGUCGUAGCUGGUUUAGCAUACGCUAGUAAGAAUGAAGCCAACAUUCAUAUCUAUCUCCAUCUCCAGGACGACGAGGAUGCCGACUACGCCAGCACAAUGCAUUAUGCACAGUGUGAAAUGGAACCGAAUGCCUACCAGCUUAAAUCUCUUCACCAUCAUGUCCAUGGAAGCAUUGAGAUGUCUCAACUUGGCGACGGACCUCUCAAAAUGGAAUUCCAUCUGACUGGAUUUAACGUGAGCGAUGACUUCAAAGACCAUAACCACGGACUUCAGAUCCACGAGUACGGGGACUUGGAGCAUGGCUGUGACACCAUCGGAGAACUGUACCACAACGAGCACGUACCAAACCACGUUAACCCCGGCGAUCUUGGAGAUCUCCAUGAUGACGAUCACGGUGAGGUUAACUCCACCAGAACCUUUGAUUGGCUGACCAUUGGACACAAGGAUGGCAUUUUGGGACGCUCUUUGGCUAUUCUACAGGGAGAUCAUACCAGCCAUACAUCUAUCAUUGCCUGCUGUGUCGUUGGUCGCUCUCACCACCACGAUUAAGCAAUAGCUGGUGCCUCAGAGAACCUCCGACAUAACUAUCGUGCGCUCUUUUUGACAAUGUUUUCUGGAUAGCUUUCCGAAUAAAUUCAUUAAAAUAA